UGGAAUAUUAAUUAAAUGAUUAAAUAAAUUAUUUUCUAUUGAUUUAAGUUUUUGUGAUAAUCGGUGAUUUGACCGUCUACCUUUACAACAAGGAAAUGACAUGCUAAUUUUCAUGCACUUUUCCAUUUUACAAUUCCUUGGAUUGUUGUUUUGAGUUACACAUGACCUUAUGAAUGCGUAAUUCAUGAUAUUCUUGAAGUGCAGAUCAAAGAUAUACGGCGAGGCAUAAAUACUAUUAACCCAAAGACCAUAUUGUGUGAAGAGAUAUCUAUAGGAGUCAUAAAAAGAUGGAUCCCUCCAGUUUGUCUGAAUCUCAAGUAUCUGUUAAUGCUAGUAAGCCCGAGCAAAACCAGAGCAUUACUUUCAUGGAUCGUGAUUCCUACAAUGCUGCAAUAAAAGGCAAAAUCGAGGUCUUCAAAAAUAUCGCCGAUCAUAAGUCUCUUGCCCUCCUACUAACUGCAAAUAAAAACACAAUCCUCCAUAUUUACAUCACAGCCCUCAAUUCCCAAUUAGAAUCAAGAACACCUAUUGCAAGAUUAGAAUCAACAACAACCCUCAAUACAGGAUCGGAAUCAACAACCAACUUUGUGGAAGAAAUUCUUGAAAUGUGUUCGCCAUUGUUAUGGCAAGCCAAUGUCAAAGGUGAAACUCCAUUGCACAUUGCGGCAAGGUACGGGCAUGAUGACAUAGUGAAAGUUCUAAUCAAAUAUUGUGCCAAAACUCCCCACCAAGACCUUGAAGGUGGGAUUGAACCAGUAAAGGAAAUGCUUAGGAUGACUAACAAAGAAAAAGACACGGCUUUACACGAGGCUGUACGUUUUCGUCACCUUAAGGUUGUAACAUUGUUGAUUGAAACAGACCCAAAAUUUUCAUAUUCUACUAAUGAUGCUGGUGAGACUCCUCUUUACAUAGCUGCCGAGAGAGGGUUUGAAGACGUGGUGAUCGAAAUUUUAGACGAAUGCAAAUCACCAAUGCAUGGCGGCGGCGGCCCCCUUGGUAGGAUGGCUUUGCAUGCUGCCGUAAUAUGGGGUGAUAAAUAUGAAGAUAUGACCACAAGAAUUCUGAAACAAGUUGAAGGUAUAAGUAGAACAGUUGACGAUAAGGAUUAGACUCCGCUUCACUUGGCUGCAUACUUAGGCCAUUCAGCCUUAGUAACACUGUUGUUGAAUGAUGAUAAAUAUGUAGCAUACAUGAAAGACAAAAACGGUAGGACAGCUCUUCAUAUUGCAAUUCAACGGGGUAAUGAUGAUAUAGUGAAGAGCAUUGUAUCAAGUUGUCCAGAUUGUUGCGAACUGGUUGAUAACAAAGGUUGGAAUGUACUCCAUUUUGCUAUCCCCGAAUGUCUUUCUUUUCCAAGUGAAAAGAGCAAACGUUUAGAGAUGAUCAUUGAUAUUAUCAGAGAAAAUUCAUGUCUCGACAACCUUUUGAAUGAGAAGAAUGCCGACGGGGAUACACCUCUUCAUUACUAUUUGAAAGAAGGUUGGCCAGCUGAGCAUUUUUUUUGUUACCCUCGACUGGACAAGAUGGCUUUCAACA